AUGCCCAGUGAAAAUGGUACUGGUGAAAAUGGGGUCAGUACUGGGCUCAAUAAGUAUGCUUGUGUUUGUGUGAUGACUGCUACUAUUAUCUCUGCCAUAUUUGGUUAUGUUACGGGAGUGAUGGCUGGAGCACUCUUAUUCAUAAAGGAAGAUCUUGGAAUCAGUGACGUACAAGUGCAGCUCCUAGCAGGUAUCUUAAAUGUGUUUGCACUACCUGGAUGCAUGGCUGCUGGAAGAACAUCUGAUUAUUUAGGUCGCCGCUACACAAUCAUUCUAGCUUCCAUCAUCUUCUUAUUGGGUUCCAUUCUAAUGGGUUAUGGUCCCUCCUUUCAAAUCUUAAUGAUUGGAAGAUGUACUGCUGGAUUUGGUGUGGGUUUUGCACUGAUUACAGCACCUGUUUACAGUGCAGAGAUUUCAUCUCCUUCAUACAGAGGCUUUCUCACCUCUCUCCCAGACGUUUCCCUCAACUUGGGACUCAUGCUUGGUUAUGUUUCAAACUACUUCUUUGAAAGACUGUCCCUACAACUUGGAUGGAGAAUGAUGCUGGCUGUUCCUGCAAUUCCUUCACUUGUUCUGAUCAUUCUAAUGUUAAGAUUGGUUGAGUCUCCAAGGUGGUUAGUCAUGCAAGGACGUGUAGGUGAGGCCAGGAGAGUGCUUUUACUAGUUUCUAAUUCAAAGGAAGAAGCUGAACAACGCUUGAAGGAAAUAAAAGCUGCUGCUGGGAUUGAUGAAAACUGCACCCAAGACAUUGUCCAUGUUUCAAAGAAAACUAGCAGCGGUGGAGGAGCUCUAAAGGAACUAUUUUGUAAACCUACACCCCCUGUGCGUAGGAUACUAAUUGCAGCAAUUGGUGUUCAUGUGUUCCAACAGAUUUGUGGAAUUGAGGGUAUAUUGUUAUAUAGUCCAAGGGUGUUUGAAAGAACAGGAAUCACAGACAAGAGCAAGCUUCUGUUAGCCACAGUUGGUAUGGGAAUAAGUGCAUCUGUAUUGACAUUCAUAACAGCAUUCUUGUUGGACAGAGUAGGGAGGAGGAUUCUGUUGUUGAUUAGUUCAGGAGGUGUGGUUGUGACCCUGAUAGGGUUAGGUACUUGCUUGACCAUUGUGGAGCAUUCAGAAGAAAAACCAUUGUGGGCAAUAAGCUUUACCAUUAUUGUUACCUACAUAUUUGUGGCUUUUGUGGCUAUUGGAAUUGGGCCAGUGACGUGGGUUUAUAGCUCUGAGAUAUUUCCCUUGAGGUUGAGAGCACAAGGUCUUGCUGUUGGUGUGGCUGUGAACAGAAUUGCAAAUGUAGCAGUGGUUACGAGUUUCAUUUCAAUUUAUGAAAAGAUGACAAUGGGUGGGAGUUUCUUUGUGUAUACUGGUAUAACUGCUAUGGCUUGGUGGUUCUACUAUUCCUUGCCUGAAACUAAAGGAAGAUCAUUAGAAGAUAUGGAGACUAUCUUUGGGAAAACUUCCAAGUCGGAGAUACAAAUGAAGACUGAGUGCAACUAA